AUGAGUGCUCGUUCAGAUGAUGUUCUUGAACCAGAAAACAUGAACGAUACUAUUUCUCCAAAAAGAAGGAAUGUUCAAGGAAAAGAUUUAAAAUCAAAAAACCCAAAUAUGCCGUAUAAAGAGUUAAUGAAUGACAUUUCUCGAACGUUGGGUAUUGGCUAUAAUUCUGUUUGUACUACAAUUUCCGAAUACAAAACUACCGGAACUGUUUCAUCUCCUAACAAGAUACGUAGCAAAAAGAGUCUGUUCGAUAAAAUUGAUGACUUGGACAGAAAUGCACUACGCCAAAAAGUUCAUGAGAGGGAAGAUUUACUUGUUUGGCGUCAGAACUUUUUGUAUGAUAUUCGAAAAUAUCGAGAAGAAGGUCGUACCGUGUAUUAUUUCGAUGAAACCUGGAUUAAUGCAGGCAACUGUGUAGAAAAACUGUGGGUCGACAAAACUAUUCAAUCAAAACACAACGCCUUUAAUAGAGGUUUAACAACUGGCGCAACAAACCCGACUGGUAAGGGUCAACGGCUCAUUGUAUUACAUAUUGGGUCACAUAACGGCUUCUUAGAAGGCGGUUUGUUGUGUUUUGUGUCCAAGAAGAACAGUGCUGACUACCACGACGAGAUGAACGGCGACAAUUUCCAUGAAUGGUUCGAGUCCAUAAUUCCUCGUCUCGAUCCAAAUUCGGUGAUUGUGUUAGACAAUGCCCCGUACCACUCAGUAAGGACAGAAAGAAUACCAACGAGCUCUUCAAAAAAACAAGACAUUUUGUCAUGGCUAAUAUCAAAAGGCGUUGUCAUUGAUAGACCUAUGUUUAAGCCACAACUACUCGCGAAGGUAAAGGAGAUCAAGGGGAGAUAUGUUUCUUACGUUGUCGACAAUAUGGCUAAAGAUGCAGAUCAUACUGUAUUAAGGUUACCUCCGUACCACUGUGAAUUGAAUCCAAUAGAAUUGGCAUGGGCAAUGGUGAAGAGUUAUGUCAAGAAAAACAACACGACAUUCAAAAUUGAUGACGUUAGGGUACUUUUGAACACGGCAAUUGAACGUGUCAGUAGCGAGAAUUGGCAAAAUUUUAUCCAACACGUCAAGACGGAAGAAGACAAAUUGACCCAAAUUGAACCCUGCAUCCUCACAAUAACUGGUGAUACUUCAGAUUCUUCAGAUGAUUAA